CUCAGCCAAGACGAAGUUUCCGUGUGCUCUAUGCAGUGAGAAGCGAGUCAUGUCGAAACUUCGCCUAGGAUUUUUUCGGCCUUCGAUUCGCCGGCUUUGCUCGUGGACAGAUGCUGUUUCCGUGCGGCAGGGAGAGUCUGCGAAUACAACAGGCGGAAAGAUUUUGGCGUCUGUAGAUGAGUUUGUAGACAGACACAUCGGUUCUAGACAACAGCAAGUGGAAGAAAUGCUAAAAGUCUGUGGUGUCUUGGGUUUGCGCGAUCUCGUCGAACGUACAAUACCAAACAAUAUUCUUUUAAAUCGUGAGCUGUCGUUGGACGACCCUCUAGACGAGAAAGGGUUGUUGAAAAGAGCAGCGGAAUUGGCCCAACAGAAUGAGACUUGGAGAACUUACAUUGGAAUGGGAUAUUACAGUUGUGUAACUCCUCAGGCGAUUGUGAGGAAUGUAAUGGAAAAUCCUGGCUGGUGA